UACUCUUUUUCUGCUUAUAUUACUGUAAUUUCCCCUUUCCUUGUCUCGUCUCCAGCUCUUCAAAUCAAACUUGUUGCUGAAUGCCAUGGAAUCCAAUUUUGAGCAGGAACUGAUUUAUGCAAUCUUCAAAAACAUCUGGACCAAAAAGGCAAUCGAGCGAGAGAAGAAUGAAGAUGUCGAUACUUCUAAAACUGAGGAACGAGUAGGAACAUCGAAGAAAAACCGACCUACUUCUGCCAAUUCAAAUGCCGUGAAGCUCAGUUGUGAACUGCUGCGAUUAUUUGUCACAGAAGCUGUUCAACGUGCUGCUACUAUUGCCGAAGCUGAAGGGGGAGACAAGAUCGAAGCAACACAUCUGGAAAGGAUACUUCCUCAGUUGCUGUUAGACUUCUAAGGUACUAUACGAGGUCGUAGGAUUAGGCAUUACCAUGACUUCAGUGUUGGUUUUUCUUGUGAAUGCAGAUCUUUUGCAUGAUAUAAAUCGAUUUACUCAAAGAUAUAUAUGAGCUACAUUAAUUAUGGAAACAGUGAAAAAUCUUAAGUAGUAUUUUCUGAUCA